AUGAAGACCACUUACCUCUCCGCCGCCGCUCUGGUGCUGGCUUCCAGCUGCCUGGCCACCGAUCCUCUUACGGCCGACAAGGUCGAGGCCGACGUUAAGACUGAGGAACUGGAGCGCGUCCUCUGGAACCUGAAUAAGAUCGGUCGCGACAAUGGUGGCACCCGCGCCUUCGGCACACCGGGUUACAAGGCUUCGGUUGACUUCGUUCUGGAGCGCGCUCAAACCCGCUUCGCCAAGGAGAUGGACACCUGGCUGCAGCCCUUCAACCACACUUUCGAGCAGACGAACGCCAUUUCCGUGACCGGCCCCGAUGGUGCGGACGUCAUCGUCACCAGCGCCGAGUACAACACCGCGACCCCUCUUCCAGACGGCAUUACUGCCCCUCUCAUCGACACCCCAGUCGACGACGAGAACGGCUCCGGAUGUCUCCCCGAGGCAUUCGAGGGUAUUGACGCCACCGGCAAGCUUGCUCUCAUCAAGCGCGGCGUGUGUGCUAUUUCCGACAAGAUCAAGAACGCGAAAGCGGCGGGCGCUCUGGGCGUGAUCUUGUACAACAACGUGCCCGGCGACGACAUUGUCAAGCCGACGCUCGGUGCUGAGAACAUUGGCCUCCUCGUCCCUCUCGGAAUCAUCACCGAGGAGACUGGUGAGGCUUGGUCGGCCUCCCUUGCUGCUGGCGAGGAGGUCGUCGUUACCCUCCUCGUUGACUCCAUCUUCGAGGAGCGUGAGACCUGGAACGUCAUUUCCGAGACCAAGGAGGGCGACCCGAACAGCGUUAUCAUGCUCGGCGCCCAUCUCGACAGCGUUCUUGAGGGCCCUGGUAUUAAUGACGAUGGAAGCGGCACUGCUGCCCUGCUCCAGCUGAUGGGAUCUGUCAAGAAGUACACCGGUUUCCCAAACAAGAUCCGUUUCGCUUGGUGGGCCGCUGAAGAGGCCGGAUUGGUCGGCUCCUACUACUACACCGAGAACCUCAGCUCAGAGGAAGCGGACAAGAUCAAGUACUAUUUCAACUAUGAUAUGAUCGCUUCUCCGAACCCGAUCUACGAGCUGUCCAGCUACAACAACAGCGGCAUCGGCCCCCAGCUUCUGUCGGACUACCUGGAGGCCAACGGCAAAAAUGUGACGUGGUCUGAGUUCGACGAUCGUUCGGACUACGCAGGCUUCAUUGCCUUGGGAAUCCCAACAGCUUCUAUAUUUACGGGCGAGGGGGUAAACGAUCCUUGCUACCAUUUGGCUUGCGAUACUCUGGACAAUAUCAACUGGGAUGCCAUUACCGUAAACACAAAGGCGGCCGGGCGCGCGAUGGCCACCCUCGCCCUUUCUCUCGAGGGUGUCCCGCCUCGUGCUGACACUACUCCUGUCCUUCGCGGACGCGCCGGUGUUCUCCAGCAGUUCCGCCGCUGGAAGUUGAUGGCUGAGACAUCCAGCCAUGGCAAGAUGUGCUCUCACCACGACGAGAAGAAGGUGUACUAA